GCAGGAUCUGUUCUCCUCUGCCCUUUGCCCCCUCAACCAUCUUUGUCUGGCUGGUAUGUGCCUAUCCACAGUCCCAUGACCCACUCCAGGUCUAAAUAUAAAUACCCAAGGAGUGUGUUCUACUGUUAAGGUCGCAUUACAUCAUCCCAGGCUGCCUAUUCUGAAUGAAGCAGCACUAGGGACAUGAGCUGUGAACGUGUCGAUGGCUUUACGAUACCUCAGGUUAGGUUGAAAAUGAUGGGUCGCUCUCACAGCCACUGACCGACUGUUUUCCUGAGGAGAAGGCUGAACACUUCUGGAUAACACAAACUUUUGACUGUGCAUCUAAAAUUUGAAGAGGUUUCUUUAGACUCUCGGCUGACAUGGGGAACGGAAUCAACAAGGUAAAGUUCUGAACGUCUAUAUAAGAGGAACAUUUAAAAACCUUACUUACAUCUUUGUGACCUGGUUUUGAACUCUCUUAAGGUCCUGCCUGAUCUGUAUCUUGGGAACCUCAAAGGUAAGCUCUCCCGCCACCUGUAACCUAAGUAAAGGAUUUAUUUAAUUUCAGGACAAUAGUGAUCAUGUUUCGGUUCCUCAUGCAGAGGGGGCAUGUGGUGAGAUGCUACACUGAGCUCAGUUUCUAUAGAGAGGUCACAGCGUGGAGCAGAACUACUCAAGUACCGUAUUCUGGAGUUAAAAAAAAGAUUACUGUGUUUUUUUAAUCCCUCUCAGGUCUGUGGAGGUUUCAGCAGCUGAAGGAAAGCUGCUGGGAGUAUGUGAGGGUUUGUGUGGGAGGGGAUGCCCCGCAGUGUGGGGGUGUCCCCAGUACGAACGACUAUAUUCCACUUAUUUAUCACUUUGCUGCAAAUGCAAAAACUGGUGGCUUUGAAAAACAUGUGCACGCGUGAAAUCGUGGCAGCACAGAAAACGUCCUUGAGCUUCUCACAUCCUGCACGCCCUCGAAUCUGACGAAGCUUUUAUUCGGGGAGAAAAAGUGUGAAUUUGAGAAAAAAAAGAAAACUUUGAUCUAAAAAUGUCUCAGAUUUCUCACAGGGUUAGUUUGAACCAGUUCAUACAUGAAAUUUUAUCUAUUUAAACUAUUUCUACACGUUUGAUUGUAUAAUUUCAACAUAACUGACAAGGUAACGAUGACUACAACACUUUAACUCGUUCUAACUCAAAAUUAAUUAUUUGAUUUUAUUUUAUUUUGACCUGUGUAGUUUUUCCAGAAAGAUAUAUGUAAUGGACUUUAAAGCUCAGACUAAAAAAUAUUGUGUCAUAUUUUACGUAAAAGUGUUAGGGCCACAUUAAGAAAUAAUAAAAAAUAAAAUUUAAAGAAUAAAUCUGUUCCUUCAUGACGAUAAAUAACAGUAAUAAUAAUAAUGAUCACUUUAUUUUGAGAGCACUUUUAAAAACAGAAGUUUAUGAAGACAAAUAAGGACAAAUAAAUAAAGCUCAGUUAAAUCAGAAUUGAAGGUCAAUUUCAUUUGUCAUAAGGAACCCAGAAAAUACAAGAACCAUGCAACAUAAAAUGAGACCAUGAGGACCAAAAUAAAAACAUAAAACAGGUAAGAAUAAGAAAAAAGAUAAAGUCGAUCUGCUAAAAGAAAAAAGCAGGUUUGUGAUCAAGUUUGGUCACCUGAUCAGCAGCCAAUCCUGUGCCUUAAAACGAGGAUGAUGGUUCAUCUUAAUUUAAUAAUAUUCUAAUUUAAUAAGCGGCUCCAUGUUCCUGCUUCAAACAGGUCAAUCAUUCACUAAAACUACGACUUUAUUCAUGUAAUAUUAGACUAUGGUUUUAAUACGAAUUAACUCUGAUAACAAGUUGACUUUAUUCCUAUAAUGAAAACACUAAAUUAAGAUUUUAUUCUCCUAAUCGGCCUGUUAUGACUUUUUAUUUAAGACUUAACUUUAAUUUCUUAUGACUCUGCGACUGUUUUUGUGACAUUAUGACUCUAUUUCCAAACUCCUAAAAUAUUUUGGUAACAUUUUAUUUGACGUCUAUCUCUAUAACACAUCAUAAAUAUAUAUAUAUAUGCGUUAUAAUCGUGUUAUAGCACUGUAUAACUAGAGUUAUAAACUCUCUCUUUAUAGCAGUAAUCAUAAGAAUUAUGAUAAUUAAUGAGUGUUUAUAAUGAUAGUUAUACAAGUUUAUGAACUAUGAACUAUUUAUAAACACAUUAUAAACACAUUGUUAACAGUUAUAACACAUUAUAAUCCCUGACCUAUGCUAUAAAGCAUUAUGAUCAUUUAGGAGUGUUUAUAACUAUAGUUAUACAGUGCUAUAACGUGAUUAUAAUGUAGUUAUACAGUGCUAUAAGACAUCAUACAUAGAUUUAAAGUGCGUUGUAGAGAUAGGCGUCAAGUAAAGUGUUACGAAUAUUCUUUAUCCUUAACAUAUGGCUCUGAUACUCCUCUUUAAAUGCCUCUUUCUUUCUUUCUUUCUUUCUUCUCCUCUUGUGUGAAGUUUUUAUAUUACAGUAUUAAUUCUGUUUUUAUGGCCUGAAUUUAAACAGCUCCUAUAAACCUGAUGACCGUUUUGAUUUCGUCUCAGAGAGUUCGGUGUGUCUCUUGUUUUUGUGCUCGGUGGCUGAAGGACAGACUGUUACCAUCUUUAAUGUCACAUCAACACCAUCACACCUCUUAUAAAUAUUUGUUUCAUGACAACACACACUCUGGGCCUCUUCUUACUCCAUGACCUUUAAGUCACUGACUUGAAUUGAUAGUUACAUAAGCAGAUUGUGUCCUCUGUCUGUGCAGCACUCUCAGAGGUUUAUUCAAGUGUUUAAAGUUUUUGUUUCAUUUGCAUUUUGCAGGUUUUAAACUUGAGUGAAGUUGUACAUUGAGGUUAGUUUAGUAGAGACUCAGCUCUUUCUUGAACAGCUCGUGGUGGCAUCCUGCAAACUUGCAAAGCAUGAGAGAAAAAGUGCACAUCUGUCCAGGGUAGAAAACCUUUGGCUUCCUUUUGCAGACUAAAAUUUGAUUAGAAGAAUUACAGUUUCUUGCUUUUGGCCAAGCUGUCGGACUGUUUUAGAAACACUGGUUUUCCGGUUUUUCUUUCAGUUCAGAACAGGAGUUAAACUUUGAAGCUUUUAAGGCCACAUUUGCUAGAAGAGGUUAUUGUCGGGCAGAAAAAGCUUUAUUUAGGUUUGACUUUACAUGAGGACAUCUCUCUUUCUCUGCAGAUGCACGCGAUGGGGAGCUGCUGGCAAAGCACAAUAUCACCCACAUCCUGUCCAUUCAUGACACAGCAGCACCUGUACUGGAGGUGAGCUCUGUCUGCUGUGUGUCCUAAAUCAGCCUUUACAACCUCUGACACCAACACUGAUCUGAUCACUACAUGCAGCAGAAGUUCAAUACUCCAAAAAACUUAUCAGGGAUUUCUACUAAUACUUUGAUUGAUUCUUAAUCAGCAAAUUAGUCUUUGUUUCUUCUCUUAGUUUUACCUCAAUACAAAAAAUCUAAUUCUCAUCGUUUUUAUGCCUCAAAACUGACUUUAACAUCAUAGUUGUUUUCUAAUGGUUCACCUGUAAUCCUAACUAACAUCUUCCCUUCUUCUUCGAUUCCCUCUUUAAUCAUUUAUCAGAUAUCGGACAGCUUCUGUUUGGAUUUUCGAGGAUAAAUAAAAGACAAAGAAAAUCUUUGAAGUGAUUUUCUUUAAGACCAAAUUCAUUUUGAUCCGACGCUGACCAAACAGACCACUUCAAAUGGUGUGAAAGUCAGAUGUUCUUCUUUCUUGGCGUGGAAAGUCCUCAGGUCUAGUAUCAGUCAUAAUGUGAAAUUCAUCUGCUCCUCUCAUGACUCGCAUUUUUAAAUAUUGUGGACAAAUCUGCACAUUUGAAUGCUGCGUUUAACCUGUGCGGCUGCAGCUGGGAUGAUGCAGAUGCAGCACAUUUACACUGGGAGGUAGGAGCUCGGCGGUCUGCGCCCGAUCAAGUCUUGAAAGUGCAACUGCAUAAAAAAGUUUCUGGCGUUUCAUGGCCGAAUUUAGAUGUUGAGAUUUGAGUGUGAAAAGGUGCAAAAGAUGUUUUACUUAUGUGUACGUGUCAAAGCGUGUGAGAACCUGCUGGAUUGAAAGUACAAAUUUACCUCGACUGAUUUCCAUUUGGUAACAGAUGUAAGAGUGAACAUUAAAAGUUUCAUGAAGCUGAGACUCUUCCCUGUCCAAACAGUUCACACUGAGCCCUUCAAUGUUGAAUUUAUCGCCCUCUGUGCUCCGUCUUCGACUGGUUUUUGAAAAUCUGGAUCUUAUGUGUCCGCUUUCACAACUUUCAUCUUUUCUUGUUGAAAGCGAGCCUGAAAAGAGCUCACAGAUUUCUGUACACUUUCUCCAUCCAUUCCUCUUCUGUUUCAUUGAACGUAGAAGAGAAACAGCAACUUGUUUUGCAGUAUCACUACCCAAACUGGUCAACCACCAAAACUUUAGGAGAGGUUUUGGGCUCAAAUUGGGGCCCGGGCGUGCCUGCUUUAUCUUGAUGGCAGGGUUGUUGUCACUUGAAAUUGGAUGACACUGCUCUCCGCGAUCUGUGGUUGUAACGAUGACUCAGGUCUGUCGGCCCAAAUAGCCAGAUGGGACGGUUUUAUUUGCAUACCUAACAGUCAAACUGCUGACUGAUUGAUUUCUUGGAAGACAGCUUGAUGGUUCCUGAGAGAGGAGGGUCAAAUUUGCAACCACAAAAUCUCUAAGGUCCAAGUGCUGUUUACCGUACGUUAUGUGCUUCUAAUUAACAUAUUGCAAAACAUAACCAGGCGAUGACAGUCGAAGCAAAUGAGUGAAAACUAUUAAUCUCAGCAUUUAUUCACAUUUUUGACCUUUGCAAAGAAAUUCGGUGCUGCACAAGAUUUCUCUCUCUGUCUAUAACACACAUUUCCUCAGUAUUAGUGCUGCAUCUUUCCUCAGAAUUAUUCAUGUUUAUUUAUUUAUUGUCACUACUACAAAACUUAAGUUUUGUGGGCGUGCAAACGAGCCCAGGAGGAGAACAUCCAGGCCUCGCUGUGUCCCAGAGGGCUCAGGGGUUUUCGCAGCGGCGCAGUCAUAACUGGACCAGUUAGUUUCUGUCCACUGUAUGUACCAUCAGCUGCCAGGUGCAGAAAUACACACACACACAAGAACACACACACUGAACAUCGUUAAGUCGUGACCUACCACAUCAGCAGGGCCAUAGGGGGCAAGGUUUCAGGGGCAGUCCCAUCCAAGCAGAAACAGGAAGUGUGUUCAAGGCGGUGUUCGAACGGAUGACCUGACAGGAUGAAAAAAACUCCAUUUUAAAAACUGUAUUCGUUAAAUCCUCAGAGUAACGACAUGUUUGAGUUAGUUUAGACUAAAUUACUGCCUGUUUUGUCUUUCAGGACAUGACGUACCUGUGCAUAUCUGCUGCUGACCACUCCAAGCAAAACCUGUGAGUACGAACAAGGAGAGGAAAAUGGACUUUAGAGAGACAGACGCAGAGUUUGUCUGCAGGAGAGGUCCGAUAUCUGCAUAAAAAGAAAAGGAAAAAUUCUCAGUGUGAGGUAGAAAGUUUUAAAAUAGUCUCUGUGAUAUUCAGAAAAUAUGAUAAAUGGCUGGAUUUAUAAAUAAUUGUGUAUAAUGCACAUUUAUUUUCUCCUCCAAACUUACAAUGAAAGACGCUGAUCUGCAGACAUGCAUGCUCCAGAAAAAUCUGAGUGAAUCCCUCAUCGUUGAUAUCGUCUCUAUAUUAAUCAACUUUAAAUGUAGGAAUUAAACAUGAAAACAUGCUUUGACAGUUUCUUUAAUUAUACGUUGCAGAGGUUUGACUGAAACGAAGCCGCAGCCUCUGUGAAUAAACUCAGUAGGGAGGAGCAGAGGAAGUCGAGCUGACUGACUGUCUUUUGGCGGCAAACGCUGCACCUCUGAAACACAUCAACUAAAAGUUAAUUUUCUUUUUAACGUGCAUAUUCAGUCAUGGAAAUGUUCGUAUUUCUCUUAUUAUCUAAAUCAUAUUUAAAUUCAGGCUCAUGCACAGUGGAAAUUAAAGGUUUAUUCUCAUAUUCAUGUGAUUUAGGCAUGCUUAGGAAUUUUAUAUUCUAUUUAAAUCAAGUCUGUUCUGCUUCAUGAUGCUAAAUCCUACAGACUGCACCUUUAAAUGUUGGGCCAAAUCUCUGUGCUGUAAGUAAAGAAUAAGUGAUGUGAAAGAGGUCUCAGACUCUCAGUCAGAUUAAUCAAAUAUUAACAUUUUACAGUGUCUUUAGGUUGGGAGGUGAUCAAACUUUCAUUGAAUAUUGAUUAAAUUAAUGAAGUUUCAAUGCCAAUAACAACAUGGAGGCAUUUUCAGAAAUUAAACACAUAAAAAUGUGCAGAUAUUUUAAACACGGUGUGACCUCUGUGAGAGUAAAUGGCUGAUAAACAGAGGUGAGAUCUGCAGCGGGUCAGGGAAAAUGUAGAAAGAGGAGAAAAGGUUAAAUUUAGCAACAAAAACAAAGUUGAAAAUCUGUGUUAAUCUGAUAAAAAAAACCCUCAAUAAUCUCAAUAUUAAUCUCUACAUUUUUAAAUCAGCCGAGUCUAUCAGGAAACGGUCUAGAUGAGUCUGUAAAUGUGGUCUUUCCUCCUCCAGGAUUCAGUUCUUCAGAGACAGCAUCAUGUUUAUCCACGAGUCCCGACUGAAAGGAGAGGGCUGCCUCGUCCACUGGUGAGAGGAGAGAAAAUAACUGAGUAUCACUUAAGUAUCUAAAAACUCACUUAAUCCUAAAAUCAUCUCUGCAGUUAAAAAGCACUUUGUCAUAUUUCUGAGCCCCCUUUAACGUGUUUCCUGCUCUUAAUCAUCCUCCCAGUGGUUGAGCUGAAGAUUUCCUGCCACACAGUAACACCACAUGAAACUCUUUGUCUUUUGCAAAUGAGGAUGUUGUGAGAAAGAGGACGAAUAUUCAGUUGAGUUGAUCUCUGUUUAUGAGGACGUGUAUUUGCCUCGCUGUGAUUACUGACUGGAAAUCCUCAAAUUCAAUUAAGUCACUUCUCAUUUUCAACCACAUCAAUGUCACCCAGCAGACAAUCUUUAUAAAUCACCUCACCUUUCAUCCUUCCUUAUAUCAAAAAAGACAAACCACAGAUCUUGAAAAUACCAGGUUUCACUUCUUUUUACUCUAAAGCAGAGCCUCUGAAUAUGUGAGGUUGAUAUUAUAAACUCCACCGUGGAUCUGUGUGCUCGCUCUCAGUGUUGCAGGUGUGUCCCGCAGCGUGACUCUGGUGGUGGCUUACAUGAUGACGGUUACAGGGCGAGGCUGGGUGGACUCUCUGGCGGCGGUGAGGGCGGCUCGGCCGUGCGCGGGACCGAACCUGGGCUUCCUGCGGCAGCUGGAGGAGUUUGAGAACACAGAGCUGACAGAGGUGAGUGAGAGUCAGGGAGACGGUCAUUCAAAGCAUCAAGUUUUCAAUAUUAUUAGCACGCCUACAGGAAAUCAGAUCAUGUCUUUAUGAAAGAGGGGAACACAAAUAUUGACUCUUUAGAGUCUACAGGAUCUGCUCUGAUAAAUCGAGGUCUCUGAUUGCAGAUUAAAUCUUCAAACUUCCUGUGUUUUGUGGUCCAUCAAAGUUUUUACAUCUGGUGUUUCUGCUGAAAUCCCCUCACUGCAUCAUAACCUGAUUUACAGGAGUGGAGAGAUGCAGCCGUACAGUAGUAGGUAAUAGUAAACAUCAAGAUACUGUAAUGUCUAAUCUUCAGUGGAAAUGGUAUGGAAGUUUCAUCUGAACCUUAAAAAUAGUUCUUUGUUUUCUGAAAAGUGGAGACAGAAUGAUAGAAGAUAAGGGCCACAUGAAGAGAGAAAAAAAUGACAGGAAAGAGAUUAAAGUCAAAACUUUGAGAUUAAAGUGGAAAUUUAAAUAUUAAAGUCGACUAUGUGCUAAAAUGUAAAACUGUCCCGGUGCUUUCAUGUAGUGUUUUAAUGUUCUUGUUGGCUUAAUUUCAAACAUUUCAUCUUAUUUUAUGAACAAAUAUUCAUGUUACGACUGAAAGUUUCUAAGAGGAACUUCCUGAUCAAUCUGGCGCCCCCUGUGGACAAAGUGAUAACUAAUGUUGUCGAUGAUUUUGUCCGAUAAAUUGUGUUUUUUCAGCCAAAAAUAUCUCAACUUGUUUUACUCAUCAAUAAUAAACAUGCACUAGUUUUUUAAAGAUCACAAAAACAAACUGUCAUUUUUUAGGUCUUAAAUAUUCGUCACUGUUAACUUUUAAUAUAUUUUAUAAUCAGUUUAAAUUUCCUCACAGGAGCUUUAAGUUUAGACUCAUUUGAAGUGAUUAUUAAAGCAUUUUUUAAAUAUCUUUUGACUUUUUAUUGUUGAUGUGAUUUUUAUAACUGAGUUCACCUGACUUUAAUAUUGUGGAAAUUUCAAUAUUAAAGUCGACAUGAAUAAAGUGGAAAUUUCGACUUUUAAACUUUCGACUUUAAUCUUGAAAUGGAAAUUAAAAAUAAUCUCCCUCCUGUAAUUUUUUUUUUUUUUCUCUUCUUGUGGCCCUCAUCCUUUUUUCGUAAAACAGGGACAAGAAAACUGAAAAAGUUGAGUGGAGCUCCAUCUUCUGCUAAUUAGGCCGGUGUACCACAGAUUAGUACCAUGACUGGGUAUAAUAAGAGCGGUCCAGAGAAGCGGGUCUCUCAGAAGAGAAAAUUCAAGCAAAGGUUCACCAUUCUGUGAGAGAAUGUGUGAGCAAAUAGCCCAACAGUCUCAGAAUCAAGUUCCUCAGACCCUCAGGUGAUGCUACAUUAAAAAAAAGACUUGACUCUGUAGUGGAAAUAUCGUAUAAGCUGAACUGGAUUUCUUUUUGGAAAUCGUGGAGCGGAGGAGAGGAGGAACACCUGGUUUUCCUGCAGUCCUGAUUUUAACCCUCCUCCUCUGUUAGGGUCUGUUUUCGUUUUUAAAUGCUCAAAAGAACCACUGCUCUUAUUAAAAUUAUGGCACUUGUUGUGUUAGGGUUGCUGUUGACCUGGUUAGAUUAAUAUCUGAUCAUCAGAACAAAAACCAAAAUCAUAUGUGCACUGACAGGAAACACACUGACAGUCAGAUCCUCUUACACUCAUGUGAGAUUUAACAUCAGGCAUGUCCAGACAUGUGAGAUCAAUUCAGUACAGAUGUCUGUAUGAGGGGUAUACUGACAAAGAAAGACCCAGAGGACCACAACCAAAACUAUCACAAGCAAUAUUUUCAUGUAUAAUGAAGCCGAACAAGGUAACCUAGAGAUGAGAGCCAAACUGGAUGAUAGAGAAUUGUUCAAACUGACCCUUAACGUGGUGGGUGUGUAGUAAAAGCAAACACAGGAGGAAGGUUAAAUUGUCGCAUCAUGAAACAAAAACAUGAAACGUUACGUUGAGUUGUUGAAAUCUUACAUCAGACAAAGAUGACACAACAUUUCACUUUCAAAACUUCAGAAACUGGUCUCCUCAGUUUCUGAAUGUUGAUACACAAACUGUUAAAUCCACAGUCUCUACAGUUUUAUCUGAAAACUAAAACAGUCUUUUGACUCCCUCUUCAUCCUCCCUCUGCUCUUUGUCUCUCUCUCUCAGUAUCGAACCUGGUGGAAGGAGCGAUACGGGAAGACCUCGUUGGACGAUGAAAAGGAGGUGGAAAACCUUCUAACUCGUAAAUCUGAAAACAGCAGUUUGACUCUGACCAGCAUCAGUCCUGAUCUGAACACCAGAAGCACCUGAGGAAAACAGAGAGAGAGUUAGAUCUGCUUUGAGGAACUCGAACACCUGAGGACUUUGUCGAUUCCCAUCCCCCUG